AUGGUCGCAACUCGAGGAAUGACUGGGGGCACUCGGCCCAAGGUCAAGCCUCUACCGGCUAAGCCUUCUGAGGCCGAAAAAGCCGCCAAAACCGCCAAAGCCGCUAGAAUGAAAACUGAGAAGGAGGAAAAGAAAGUUGCGAGGGAUGCAGCGAAGCGACUAAAGGAUGCGGAGAAGGCCGCAGCAAAGGCCGAUAAGGACGCAAGCAAAGCUGCAGCAAAGGCUGCGAAGGUUGCAAAGGUUGCCAAUGCCAAAAACAGCACGAAAGGCACAAAACGCACAAUUGAUGCGAAUACCAAAGCUGCCAAAGCUGCCAAAGCUACGAAGGCUACCAAGGCUACCAAAGCUACCAAAGCUACCAAAGCCACCAAGGCUACCAAAGCCACCAAGGCCACCAAGGCCAUCAAGACCACCAAGGCCACCAAGGCCACCGAGAAGACAAAGGCCACCAAGGGUGGAGCUAGAGCACCUAACGAGACGGCUUCACCAGAUCAAUCGGAUGAAGAUGAGGACGAAGACGAAGAAAGCGAAGAAAACGAAGAAGAUCACGAUGAAGAACCACGCGCCAAGAGGCGCAGGGUUGAGACUAUGCCUUCUCCCGAUCUUUCUGUGCGAGUCGGCCCACCCAAAGUAAACCGUCCGGUUAUACAAAUUGGGAAUUGGGAUUACAUGAGGAAAACCGACAUCCCAGAAGGCGUGAAGAGCGAAAUUAACAGGCCUCUACCCGAUAUCUAUAUUGGAGGCGCUGCACCACAUCCUCGUUGGGUGGUCACUCGACUCGAAAGGUUAAAGGUACCUUCAGAACCUAGUGUCAUACUUGACUUCGGGGGUUUACAAUGGACGUUUGAAGAAGGAGACUUCAAGAAAUGGACUGGGUUAGAGUACACGGCUCUUUUCGAAUUUGCGUAUAUGUGUCUCGAACAUACGCUCAUUGAUACGGAGGUCCGAGAGCACAUCUAUAAGUCCCUAGCCCAGGGCCCCUUGCCCGAGGCUGAGACUGUCGGUUACAAUUGGUACCCAGCUCUGCCGCCAGUGCCCUUCACAAGACACUUUGGGACAGGGUCCUCCCAGCAAUCCAGUCGAAGACCAAGUGACGCCUUUUACUUCAAUAACUUUGAUCGUCCAAAUAUGGCAGUCCGACCACGAAAUGAUCACAUGCCGCAACCGUAUCUGCCUCACAUGCCUUCCAUUGUCUCCAAUCACCCGAGAUUAGAGGAAUGGCCAACUGCCUCGCGCUCGGCAAGUCCAGACCCGGAAAGCGAACGGGGAAGCAACGAAAGUCAGCCAGGCGAUUCUAGAAGGUCGUCUGUGACCCGGGAGUCCGACCUGGAACUCAAUCCAGAGGGGACUUAUUCGGAACCGACAACCCCAGUACCUCUUGAGAAUGAUGGGAAAAAUGCACCAAAUGAUGCAGUCUCAGAAGAUGGUUCAAUCUUUGGUGACGCCGAUGACGAUCAGGUUGAGCCCAACUCAGCCCGAGGCUCUCGAGAGCAAUCACCUAGUAGUAGCGUUUUCUCGGGCUCCGGCUCUGACGAGGUCGGCACUUCUUCCCAGACCAGUGAACCUAGAAAGUUCAAUGCCGCUGACGAUAAUAGCGCCCAAUCGACGAAUAGCCUGUCGCCAGUACCCCAUGAUGGGCUCUUCGACCCUGAACAGAUUGAGAAUUAUUAUGGAAAGAAGCAAAAAAAUUCGCCAAGCACAACUAUCACCAAGUCCUCUUCGGGGGCGCUGGGGACAUUGGAAGACGCACAGAAAGAAUUGGAAAUGGGAGAGCUCGAAACGGGAGGGGUUGCAGAGUCAAGUAAACGGAUGCGGAUGGAAUCCCCAUCAGCACCAUCACCACCUGCGACUCGAAUGACGACAGCGACUGAGGCCAUGAUGAACAAAUUUAUGUCGUUCGCACGAGUAAGAAAAGAGAAACGGGAGAAAAUGCGAGCAACUGCAGCGGAGAAAAUAUCAGACAAACCGCCGGUGGCACUGUUGAAGAAGACUACAGAAAAUCAGGCGGGUGCAAGAUCGCAGGCGGAUGCACCUAGUCCUGAGAUUCCACCUAAUCUGCAAGAUGGGUUCUUGGAACAGGCCAAGAAGUAUGUCAAGGAUCCAAUUCAGAGGGUCAGACAUUUCCCUGACCCUCCUGCUGUUCGUCGAGCCAGAGUGUGGGCAGGGGAGGAAUUGGUGGACCAUGAGAUCAAACCUGACUCUACGCUGCCACCUUGGGCUGAAAGACAUCGGCCUUUCAGUCAAUGGCAGAAUCCGGUACGUGCCUCAUGUAUUGAAAUUUUUGAGAAUUACGCUGAUCAUAUUCAAUUAGAUUGGGAGAACUCCUGCACCUGCGGCACGCACGAAGGUCUCGAGAUCGAAAAGACGGAGCAAAGGACAAGGUAG